CACCUGUGGGCCCUGGAAGGCGGUGCUCAGAGCCUGCAAUUGGUGAGGUCAGCCCGUGAGGUCACAAUGUUGCCAGGGCCCAGGGGGCAGAGCAGACGGAGUGUGGGCCAUUGUCCCCAGUGGUGACCAGCCCUGCCAUGGGAAACUAUAGUUCCCACAAAAGGACCAAAACACCCAAGCAGGCCCGCAAGGAGAGGCCAGCUGACAUGGACAAGGCCUGGUGGAAACCGUUCCUCAACCACCUCACUCGGAAGAAGCCGGCUACCAGGAUCGUGCUGAUUCUCCCCCUGGACAAGCGGCAGCCGCUGGCCAACGCUGGGCGACGGAUUGACUACGCGUCCGGCGCCGGGCUGGGCUCCUCGGCGGCACCCAGGUUGCGCGGAGGGGGCGAAGGUAGCGAGCGCGAGCCGAGGAUGCCGGUACUGCUGCUGCUGCUGCUGCGGCGGCAAGAGGCGCGGCGGCCGGAAGAGGGCGGGGCCGGCGUAAGGGGCGGGGCCAGGGCAGCGCUGAGCUGGCCGCGGCUGCUCUCGCGCUUCCGGUCCCCGGGGAAGGCUCCCCGCGAAGCCGGCCCCGCCGAGGAGCAGCCGCGCAAACGGUGCCGCUGCCCUCGCCCGCGGCUUUAAACGCUUGGCCCGGACCCCGCCCAAUAAAGAGUGCGUGGCAACCCUGG